AUGAAUUAUCUAUCGGCAAAUAUCAGAGGGGCGGGUAAUCCAUUAAAGGCAGUGCAUAUAAAGGAACUAAUUAAAAACAACAACAUAAGCUUCGUUGCAAUACAGGAAACUCAGUUCACGGAUUCGGCAAAGUUACAGGUCAGUUCUUUCUGGGGCAAUUCCGUAUUUGAGUCAGACAUGGUAGAUGCUUCGGGAAGGUCCGGGGGGUUGCUGAACAUAUGGGACCCUUCCAUCUUCGUUCGUAAAGUGACGAUUACCAACAUAUUUUAUUUGGCUUCGAUCGGUGAACUAAAGAAUGGGGGUGGAGAAAUUAAUGUAGUGAACAUUUAUGCCCCUCACGACAAUAACUUAAAAAAAGACUUGUGGCUGGAUCUUUCUAAUCUGAUGAAUUCUUAUAACGGGUCUUGGAUUCUGUUGGGAGAUUUUAAUUGCGUUCGUGAACCCAUUGAGCGGAAAAAUUCCAAAUUCAAUUCGUUAGCUGCUGAAAGUUUCAACCAGUUCAUUCGCACGCCUGCCUUAUCCGAAUAUGCCAUGCUCGGUUGUCUAUACACUCACAGAUCUGAUGAUGGUAAGCGACUUAGCAAAAUUGACAGAAUCUUGGUUUGUCAAUCGUUUCUCUCCAAUUGGUCAUCAGCGAAACUCACCGGUCUGCCAAGAUAUAUGUCAGAUCAUCGGCCGUUACUAUUGAAAUGCUCUGAUGAACACUUUGGGCCUCCUCCUUUUUGA